AUGUCGACACCCUCUGCAGAGGACACCACACGCUCAUCCCAUACACCACCCGCGGAGGGAACCGUAGAUGAUGUACAAGGACCGGCAACUCCUAGUCCACCUGCAGAAGCAGCUACUGUUGCACCGAGUACAUCGCGCGCACGAGCGGCACAACCUCGGAAAAGGCAUACAGAUGCCACACCAGUAUCCGCAACCCCUGCAGCUCCGAGUCCGCAUGCAGAAGUAGCCGAUGUUGCGCCGCGCACAUCACGCGCACGACCGGGACCACCUCAGAGAAGGUCUAAAGAUGUCGCACCAGGACCCGCAACUCCUGCACCUCCGAGUUCCCCUGCCGAACAAGCCGCAACUACGAGGUCCCCUGCAGAGGCAGACGAUGAUGCACCCGAUCUCGACAACGUGGUUAUACCGGAUUUGGGCAAGAAAAUUCCAGAGCCACCAGGUAUAGAGGUAGAGGACGUAGACAGUGACGAUGAGAAAUCCGACUCUGGGGACGAGGAUUCAGAUGAUGACGAAGUUGCGAGACCGGCAGAACCUCUCACGGAGCUCGAAGAACAGUACAUAGAGGACGAAAGUUCGCUUCGGGAGAUGGAGGAAAUCGAGGCCAUGCGCAUCCCACUCGAGGCGUUUGACGAACCAGCGGUGGACAUCACCGACAUGAUGUCCAACACGUCCAAGAGGGCGAGAGAAGAUGAGUCGGCCAAGAUGUUCGCUAAUCUUCAACAAGACACCACUUACAUGGCAUACGUGAAUGCCGAUAGGGAGUACAAAGAGUGGUGCUGCGCGUUCCUCAAGACGGAGCUAACGGAAGGAUUCCCACCCGAUGCACAUUUGCUUGACCAAGACGAGGUUGGCACCUUUCUUGGAAGGGGGAAGGGAAAAGAUUGGAGGACGGCGGAACCAGACAAGCCGUGGUUACAUGGCCCGCGCACGACCCCGUUGCGCGUGGAAACGUUCCUUCGAUGGAAAUCUGAUCUGACCGUGGCAAAAGCGGCAGAGUUUCAGCGGAAGAAGGAGAAGGAAAGGGAGCCUUCGCAGAAGAAACGUACGCAAAAGCUACGCGACUGCACGGUCAACGUGUACGUGAUGUCGGUGAAAGCGCUGUCUCACCUGUGCAAAGUGGAGGGUGUGCUGUUUGGAGAGAAGGCCCUGCACAUCAUUCGCGACAUCGCGUCCGUGAGCACGGAGCUCAAGUUCAAGAACCAUCCGCACGUUCUCACGCUGCGAACUCUCAACGACCUGAUUGUGCAGGAGUUUUCGGCCCGACAUGACGCCGAGCAGACCAUCAUGUGUCUGCGGUCACAGCAGGAUCACCAGCUUAUCAGGGCGGCUGCGGAGGCCAACAAGGCAUCUCGGACCAUCCGCAAGCUGGAAGAAGACAACAAGGCGAAGGAGGACCUCCUCCUGCAAAAGGAUGCUGUCAUCGCGGAAAAGGACACAGUCAUCGCGGAAAAGGACGCUGAAAUCGCACGCCUGUGUGCGUUACUAGAACAGCGUGCGGCAGGAACAUGCCCGCCCGCGGAUGUCUCCGGCCAGUCACCCCCGCCUGUCCAAGGGGCCCCAAAGGUGGAACCCCAGCAGCCCGCUGACGCUGCGUACGAGAAGGAUGUCGUGGCUCCAUGGAGGAAGUGUCAAUCCGUGGAGCAUGCAUGGGUGCUGUGGAACCUCCAAGGACGCGGCGACCAAAGACGCCUUCGAGACCGCUAUGGGAAAGACCCCUGCUUCGUCAAACGCCACUCCUACGACGGUGGCUCCAAAAGCGUGGGCGGGAUUACUGCACAAAUGCGGCGCGUAAAGAGGGUGAUGGACGCGGUGGAGGCCCUUGGGGAAACCACGCAGGUCAAGCAGAAGCUGGAGUCCAUUCUCGGGCGAACCGGGGGGUGGAGCACGUUCGCAGACGGCAUCGGCGUGGUCAAGAUGCCCGGGAAGGUCGAGCCAGAUGGGGACGAUGGACUGGAGGCAUUCACGUCAACGCAACAUGACCAGCUGAAGGUUGCGCGGAUGCUCGUUGAGUCGGAGCUGCGGACGGAGGACUGGCUAAAGAAAAAGUUCCCUACAACGUGGCACAAGUCCCCUGCCCCCAAGCCCCAGAAGCCAAAGGCGCCUGCAAAAAAGCGCCAAAAGGUUGCUAACACGUGA